AUGAUAGGACUGGCCACUCUAGAAGGGCGUAGACCUGGGUUCGCCCUCCUGUGCACCUCUGCGUGGAGGCGUGUAGGCUUCAGGGGUCCUGAAUUUGGAUUGCCAAACCUGGUGGUGCCCUGCUUCCCAGCGCAAGAGCUGAGUCUGAGGCACAUCUGUGGGCCGGAGUGUGGGCCCCCCCAGACCAAGCCCACGUGUGAGCCAAUUCUUCAGGUACACCAAAGUAGGAAACCCCGGGAUCCAGAAAGCCUUCUGUUUUUGCGAUGCUGCCUGGGAUCGGAGCCGCACAACCUGUCCUCAUUGCUCGCUCCGGAGGCCGGGCAGGAACCUCUGCCAAAGCUUCUACCUCAGCCGCUGGCAGGCCAUGCGGCCUGGGGCAUUCACGGAGCUCCAACGAGUCUGUUACUGGCUGGGGAGUGCUGGGGCCAGGGCAUGGCCGUGCCCGCUGAUCCUCCUCCUGCCUCUCCAUAUCGGACUUCUCCUCGACCACCACCUGGACCACUGCCACGAUAUCGUCCACAGCAGCACCUUCUCCUCCCCCUAGGGCGCCUCCACGCUCUGUGCCCUGGCUGCCCUCUCCAGCAGAGCCUCCAAUUUGAACGGGGUACACUGUGCGCUCCACGUCUAUGGUAUCUCAUUGUAUUUGCAAGGUCAUGGAUGAAGCUGGAAACCAUCAUACUAAGCAAACUAUCACAAGGACAGAAAACCAAACACCGCAUGUUCUCACUGAUAAGUGAGAGUUGA